AUGGCGGAGGCAAAAGGUUCACUGGAUUACUGGAGGAAACUUCUUAACAGCGCGACAUCAGACAUAUUCGAGUUGAUCAACAAAGCGAUUCUCGUGGCUGCUGAAGAUUUCCCCAAUGAAUUUAAGGAACGAAGGGAAAUGAUUGCGGAGAAGCUAUACACCUGCCAUCUUUCUCUUAAUAAUGGCGAUGCUGAAUCUCUCAAGGAGGUGAAGAAAAACUCCAACUCUGACAACCCCGAGGAGAAUGAUCAAAUAGUUGGAGAGGUGAUGAGGAUAAAGGAAGUGAUCUUGUCCAACAAUCAAUUACAUGAGCCUGAAUAUGAUUAUAUCUUAUAUGAAUCGCUGAGGACUCUACAACAGAUGCAAUUAUCUGUAGAUGUGUUAAAGACAACUAAAAUUAGAAGAACAGUGCGUGCUACGCUAAAGCACUGCUCCAGCAGGAUUCGAAAACUUGCUCGAUGUCUCAUUAAUAGCUGGAGAGUGUUGGGUGAUGAACGGGUUAAUUCUGCAGCAAAAAUUACUAAUAAGUCUACAACCAAUUUUAGUUUAGGUUGCUCGUCAAAACAAACAUCUGAACAAAAACCAACCAGUCGUUCAUCCGCUGGAGUGAAAAGAAAGCAGUCUGAUUGA